AUGGCAGCAACAAACAGCAUCAACGACACCAUCACCACCUUCUCCCAAGAUGACCGGCUGGACAAACUCCCACCCCUCGGCGAGCAGUACGCGAUCGAUGAUCUACUCACCGAGCACUUCGGAUUCGCACCCAAGGUAUUCACUGGCCAUAUCUUCAAUAUAAUCAACGAAGCUAUUUAUGAUACAGUAGUAGAAGUAGAGAAAGCGGUCAUCGAAUCAUACUUCCCAGGUACGGCCGAAGGUCAAUCCAACGGAACCCAACCACCGCCAGCAUCCAGCACUGGAUACCCCAGCAAGGAUGACAUAGCCAAAUCAUUAAACCAACUCGAAACUCUAUUGUGUUCAUCGAUCGAUAAUCAGUUUGAUUUGCUGGAAAUUUGGCUACAUCGAAAUGUCUUCAAUUUUCCAAGCAUGCGCGAAGAAAUGAUGAAGCACUUCAGAUUCAAGCAUAUGAACUUAUGGGAUCAGUUUUAUAAUCAACCUCAAUCUCCUCCGGCGGAUGGACACCCCACUUCGACCGCUCAAGCAAUCACGCCCGAUUGGGAAAAACUUAAGAAUGAAGAGGAAGAACGUUGGAGUAAACUCGAGAAAUUCAAAUCGAAUUAUAAUCAAUCGAAAGACGAUUACCAUUCGCUAUUGGCUGUUUCGAGUGUGCUCGAUAGGAAGCUAGCCGGACUCAAAUCAGUCUCGAGUCAAUUGAACCAAAUCAGCUCAGAGACGACGACGAUAUAUGAUCCAGAGACCAACAAACCGGUAGACCUGUCGAGUCAAUCCUCGACCCUCUUGGAGCGCUAUCAAGAGCUUCUCAAGCUUGACCGAACCCGCCACGAACUCCAACAGGCGGUCAAUUUCGAGCCUCCAGUCGACCACUCUAACAACCCAAUGACCGGCGAUGAAUCGAGUGAAGAACAGGACGUCAACUUGCCCAUCAAUCAAAUGGCAAAACACUCCAGGGCUAUCAACCAACUUGUCAAGGCCAAAACCGAUGACUUUCUGGCUGAGUUGGCUGACAAGGGUUCAUUCGAGGUCGAGAAAGAUGAAGGUCUUGUUGAAGUCUUGAAUGUAGUCUCGGGCAAAGGAAAAACUCCUGCUCCGGAUACUCCUUUACAUCAAGACAGACUAUAG